AAUAUUUGGGAGGAUGGCGCCGAAAUCCAGCUCACGCUCAAACAAGAACUAAAUCCCCUGUUGAUCUUUAUUGUUCUAAUGACUGUAGCUGACAUUACGGAUAACUAGCCAAGUUCAGUCUCCGAUCAGCGGCGAACAUUUGCCGUCUUUAGCGUUGGCCUGGCUGUGAGAAGAUGUCAUGACGUCAAUAAGGCUACUCAGCAUGGGCUGCAUGCAAUAAUAUAUCUUCAUUCCACCUUUAGCAGCCUCACCGUCGCAUCGCUUCGGACUGCGAAGAGUUCCGAACUGCGAAAAGUCCCGAGCUGCGAGUGCAAGUGCUGUGCAUAAGGUCCUUUAUCACAAGAAACGAGGGCCCAUGAAUACCAUAGCAAGCCCUUCGUUGAGCCGUCUUUAGUAUCACGUAUCCCUAACAUAAGCAACUUGGGUGUAACCAAACCUCGCGCUCUCUCACAUCUAUCCUCAAGCCUACAGCAACAUCACCAUGACUGUCCAACGCAUCCUCAUAGUUGGGGGUGGAGUCGCCGGUCCAACUCUUGCCCUGCUUCUCGCUAAACAUCUCCCUUCUUCGCAGAUCACGAUUCUCGAACGCAGCACCACUCAGUCAGAGCUUGGCCAGGUCGUUGAUAUUGAGGGACCUUCGCAGGAAAUCAUGUCUCGUCUCAAUCUCCUCCCCUUGCUACGCGAAGCAUCCACCCACGAGCAAGGAAUCGAGGUCGUCAAUGAGCAAGGUGGAUUGAUCGGUCGCUUGCCAGCCGGUCAGAGUGGUGGUGCGAGCAAAGAGAUCGAGAUCAUGAGACCAAGACUCAGCAAGGUCAUCUACAAUGCUACCAGGGAGUAUAAAAAUGUGCAGUGGAGGUUUGGCAAGACCGUCACCGCCAUAGAGGAGAGACAGGACGACGUUCUCGUGGAAGUGUCCGACGUCGAGACAAAGGAGACGCAAAAGGAUGGAUUUGAUCUUGUCGUUGCCGCAGACGGCCUACGAUCAAAAACGCGGAAUCUCAUUCUCCCCGCGAACCUGAGGAAAGACUGCAUCAAAUCGCUGGAUGUAUAUAUCGCCUUCUUCAGCUUGCCAGCGGAGGUACAGGACAGACCAUACAGCCGGUUACUCAGCUUGCCCGGAUCAAGGAACGCCCUUAUCAAGCCCAUUGACGAGAAUAUCUCCUCAGCGUACCUUAGCGUUGCCAACCAUGACGAUGAGCUCAGCGAAGCUAGGCGAUCAAGGGACACCCGAAGAAAACGAGAGAUCAUGUCGGCGAGAUUCAAGGGCAGCGGAUGGGAGACGGACCGUAUGGCACGCGAGAUUCUCACGACGGACAACUUCUAUUUUGAGGAAAUCUCUCAGAUCAAGCUGAACAAGUGGUCGCACGGGAAAUGUGUCCUGUUGGGUGAUACAGCAUGGUGUCCUUCGCCCCUGACUGGCCAGGGGACCAACACGGCUGUCUUGGGAGCGUAUAUCUUGGCACACUGCAUCAUCACCCACAGUGACAACCUUGAAAAGGCCUUUGCAGAGUACGAGCAGAUGAUGAGGGGCUACGUGGACAAGAUCCAGGCCAUUCCACUGGGGGGGAGGCUGCCCAAGCUGAUCAAUCCAGACUCAGGAUGGGGUAUCUGGAUCCAGCGGACGAUCAUAGGGGCGGUCUCAAGGCUAGGCCUGUACAAGUAUAUUCCAGAGUCAAAGGUUGAUUAUGAGGGACUACCAGAUCUGUAACACAAUUAAGCAGCAAUACCCACAGCUUCAGGCCCCACAGGUAGUUGGCUGCCAGCAAUGUUGCACUGCCUGAACACCCUGACCUCAUCCUCGGCAAAGGCACCAACAACAGAGUGCAGGACACCUCUGUUGUGGAAGAUGACCAGAUCACCCGCCUCCCAGUCAUGCGCAUAGACUCGCUGCGGCGCGAUGCCUGGCCGCUGGAGGCGAUACACAAUGUCCCUCACCC